CUGCGCAAUGACUGCUAUGGACGCUCUGUCCUGCGCAUUUCAGUCCGCCGGCUGGCCGGUCAGGCAACAAGCUCGUGUCGAUGCUGACGUGUCUGACGGCGCCGCUGCUUCCGCCGCCGCCAGCUUUACGCACGGCACUGCCGCCGCCACCGCUGCUGACGUGACUGCUGCCGCCGCCACCGCUGCUGACGUGACUGCUGCCGCCGCCACCGCUGCUGACGUGAUUGCUGCCGCCGCCACCGCUGCUGACGUGACUGCUGCCGCCGCCACCGCUGCUGACGUGACUGCUGCCGCUGCCACCGCUGCUGACGUGACUGCUGCCGCCGCCACCGCUUCUGAUGUGACUGCUGCCGCCGCCACCGCUGCUGACGUGACUGCUGCCGCCGCCACCGCUGCUGACGUGACUGCUGCCGCCGCCACCGCUGCUGACGUGACUGCUGCCGCCGCCACCGCUGCUGACGUGACUGCUGCCGCCGCCACCGCUGCUGACGUGACUGCUGCCGCCGCCACCACUGCUGACGUGACUGCUGCCGCCGCCACCGCUGCUGCUGCCAAGUGGUGGGAUGUGGCCGUUCCAGCGAUGGAAAUGCUGCUGAGCCGGUGUGAGGAGGAGGAUGACGUCUCCUACAUAAUGUCAGCGGAGCUGGUGACGCUGGAAUUGCCCAGCCGUGAAGGGGUCCCAAGGGGCCAGCUCCCCCCCGCGCCGCCGCCCAACCUUACCGCCGCC